AUGCGCCCCCUAGCAAAACCAAAAGACGUGAUAAAGGCCCUCACAGGCUCUUGGAUCUACCUAAACGUAACAACAUACUACGACAACGGCACAAUCGCACACUCCGAAGACGCCUCGCUAGGUAAAUCCCCCGUCGGGAUGAUAACCUACCAACCGACCUGGAUGUCCGCAACCUUCAUGUCCUCACGGGCCGAAGACCGCCCGCCAGAUCUGAACAUCGACACCCCGGCCCUCCCCGGCCCGGACGCGGAAUGGGCGCUCAUCGGCAAACACACGAUGGCGUAUGCGGGGCCCUGGCACGUCAGCGAGACGACGGAGGAUAAGGAGGUCGGACAGGUCACGCAUGGACCGACUUGGGUGGCGUGGUUGCCGGCUUGGGUGGGGAAGAGGUUGGUGAAGAAUUAUGUGCUUUAUGAUGAGGGGACGACGCUGCGGUUCUUGUAUAAGACGUCUGAUGGGAAUAAUGGCGAUAUGUGGUUUCGGAAGUUGAGGGAGGAGGAUGAUGAUAGUAAUGAGGUGGAGUAGGUGCGGUUGUGUUGAUUGUAAGAUUUGAUG